UUGAAGUAGUCAAUCUAAUUAAUCCAAAGUUCCAAGUCAUCAAAUAAAACUCGCCGAAGGAUCGGAGAAAAAUUCUAACAACAAUUUGACCGUCUCUCACUCUCUUCGUCUAACCCCAUCUCCCGCUCUAAUAACAAUGAAAGAUCAAAAUGUGAAAAAAAAAAAAACUUAAAAGGAAAUAAAAAUACCACUGAGGCUUCAGUUAUGAGUUCGUUAGCAGGACAUGUCUCCGCGUUCCUGAUAUUGUUUCCGGUCGGGAUCCGACGGCUGUGGUUGUCCCUCUCCUUCCAGGCGCGAUCCUCACCGUCAUUUCGCCCCCGGCCGUGGUACUUCUCACCGGAGCAUCCCCUCCGCGGCGCCGACCUCUACGCCCUCCUCCUCCUCCUCCCCAUCGCCGCCUUCUGCGACUACUUCAUCUUCCUCUCCCUCCCUGCGUCCUCGUACGCCGGCGCCGCCUCUUUCCGCUUUUCCUUCGCCCUCCACGCCGCCUCCCUCUCCGUCUUCGUCCUCCUCCUCGUCGUCAUCCUCCUGUCGCACCGAUUCCCCCUCCUCAUCCCCGACGACCUCCUCUUCCUCCUCGCCGCCCUCGCCUUCCUCUCCGACCUCCCUUCCUCCCCCCGCCCCGCCAUCGCCGCCAUCGACGCCCAUGCAAACGAACUUGCUGCAGUUCCCACUCUUACCUGCGCCGCCUCCUGCUUCGUCCUGUCCCUCCGAUGCUCCGCUGCCGCUGCGGCGGCUGAUGUUGCGCUGGCGACGGGGAUGGCGCUGAAGGGGUCCUGGGCACUGCAGGCCGGCAUAUCCCUCUACGUGCUGCCGCCGAGGGGGUGCUCCCGCAACGCCGUGGGUGGCGGCGAGGGAUGGCUGGAGUGUGUGCUGGAGGACGACGGGAGAAGGGGGCUCGCAAUGCUGGAUCUGCUGUUCGCCAGCCAUGCCGUGGCGGUGGCUGUCAUAUGCUUAGGAAUGCAGUAUUGGAUCGCUGUCAAGUCAGCGGGACGGACCGACUUAGAAGCCAUGAUGGCCCGCCUCGUCGUAUCCCCGUCCGAGCUGGAACUGGACUAAUUAUUAUUAUUUUCUUUUUCUUGAAAAGUUAUAUGAUUCUUAUCUAAAACAAAUGCUGCAU